UCGGCCCGGUUCCAUGACGAGUGGGAUGGAGGGAUCUGCAGAUCCGCGCCUCAGAAAAAAAAGGAAACAGGGGACCCCAAAAUAAUUAAAACAGCGGCACCAAGCUGAGGAGAAACAAACUAAUUCACUAAGCAUAUUAUGGGAAUGCAAGAGCACCCCAGGAUGCCCUUGGCCCUCUUGGCCACAAGGGCACACUGCUGGCUCACGGCCGACCUGCCGUCCACCAGGACACCCAGGUCCCUCUCCGCAGAGCUCCCCUCCAGCAGCUCAUCCCCCAACCUGUACUGGUGCAUGCAAUUACUCCUCCCCAGAUGCAAGACUCUACACUUGCUGUUGUUAAACCUCAUCCGGUUUUUUACUGCCCAGCUCUCAGCCUGUCCAGCUCUCGCUGAAUGGCAGCACGGCCUUCAGCCAAUCCUCCCAACUUCGUAUCAUCACAAACUUGCUGAGGGUGGCCGCCAUCCCCUCAUCAAGGUAAUUGAUGAAGAUGUUGAACAAGAGCGGACCCAGCACCGACCCCUGGGGGACACCACUGGUUACAGGUCUCCAGCCAGACUCUGCACCGCCAACGACGACCCUCUGGCGCUCUGCCACUCAGCCAGUGCUCAACCCACCUCACUGUCCACUCGUCUGUCCCACAGCUUUGUUACAAGGAUGUGGUGGGGGACAGCAUCAAGCCUUGCUGAAAUCAAGGUAGGCCACAUCCACUGCUCUCCCCCCAUCCACCCAGCCAGAGACAACAUCAUAGAAGGCCACCAGGUUGGUGGAGCACGACCUCCCCCUGCUGAACCCGUGCUGACUGCUCCUCAUCACCUCCUUUUCUUCCAGUUGUCUGGAGAUGGCAUCCAGCACAGCUGUUCCAUCACCUUUCCAGGGACAGAGUCUUCAGGCACCUCCCCCGUCCUCCAACACCUCCCAAAGACGACCAAAAGCGGCUCAGCAAUCACCUCUGCCAGCUCCCUCAGCUCCCGUGGAUGCAUCCCAUCGGCUCCCAUGGAUUGGUGAACAUUGGUGCUGCCUAGGCGCUCCCGGACCACCUCUUCCCUGACUGCAGGGAGGUCUUCCAUUCCCCAGAGCCUCUCACUCACCUCCAGGGUCUCGGGUUCCUGAGGGGGAGCUUAAACCCUCAACCACAGCCCCCAAGGACCCCCCCCGUCCCACGUAGA